ACAAGUAUCAGAAUAAAUAGGUUAUUUAUUUCAGUAUUUUUAAUUUCUUAUUAAAUUAGUUUUCUGACUCCGUCAACAAUUGACUUUUUAUGUGGUCAUAAUUAAACUGUUUAGGUGGUAAGUCUUGUACGAUUGGUAGAAAUGAUUCGAAAACCAUCAGUUUUCAUAUAUUAUAUAAUUAGCCUUGGCUUAAUGACAUCAUAUAUUUUCGCACGUGAUCACUGCAUAUUCCAUUUUUCCGAGUGUGAUCCUGAUUCUAAACAAUCCUGUUGUGAACCGUAUCAGUGUGUGCUGGACCAAACUGAAUUUGUACAGCGGGGCAUUUCACGAUUCAUAUGUGCAAAGAACGUAACACUGGGCAGUCCUUGUAAUAGAUUUAUCGAUUGCUUGCCGAUAGCUAACGCUAAAUGUUCGGAAAAUAAUACAUGUGUUUGUCAAUUUGGUUCUUAUGAAUACAACGACACGAUUUGUUUGCAUAAAAAAGUAUAUGGAGCAUUAAAAUCUGAGUUUAAUGUUUAUUAUCGCAGCGCAACUUAUGGAAGAUUUCGCCUGAAAGAGAACUUUACUUCGGAAUCUGGUCUUCAUAGAGAAUCGAAAACAAAAUGGGGUGAUCCGUGUACCAUGUGUAUAACAAAUCCCAACGGUCUCUUGUGCAACAUUGAAAAUCGGGUGGUACUUGAUUCUACAUUCUAUUUCCCAGAAUGUGCGUGUCCGAACCGAACAAAGUUUAACGCAAGCAGUUUAUCUUGUGAACAACCAGAAUUCAAUGAUUGCUCCAGCAAUAAGGAUUGUAGCGACCUCGAUUAUGCUUCAUGUUCUGGAGGUAAAUGUAGUUGCUUACAAAAUUAUCAACCCGUAAACGGACGGUGUUUGGGAAAUCUUGGCGCAAAGUGUAACCAUGAUAUUGAUUGCCGUGUUUUUAAUGCAAUCUGUCAAUCAAGUAGGUGUCAGUGUGAAUACGGCUAUUAUGAAACAUAUGGUUUAUGCAGAAAGUACGCAGAAAAAGUAGAAGGAGAUUGCCGCACCAAUAAGACUUGUGAGCUCCUCGAUCAUACUUCAUGUUCUAUUAGCAACAAAUGUCGUUGCUUACCAAGUUAUAUAAAUGUCAACGGAACUUGCCGUAAACAUAUUCACAUGAAAAAUAGCGCUGAACCAGAGCUUACUGUUAAAAAACACACUUGUCAAGCCGAUCAUUAUUAUGAAAACGGUCACUGCCAUGCGUACGCGAAAAGACUGAACGAUCACUGUGCCAGCGAAAAAGCUUGUGAACGUCUAACUCUUACCUCAUGUCUUAAUGGUCGAUGUAACUGUUCCAAGUUCAAUAUCAUGUGCAAGGUGUUAAACGUAUGGAGUUAUUUUGUUUGAUUAUGCAGAUCUCUUCAGCUCAACUGGACUCAGGAGCAGUAAGCAGUUUUCUUGCAGAAAAACCAUUCCCGUUACCAUUGUCUGCCCUUAUAUUGUUUCUAGAUUUUUACGUUUUUAUGCAUGACAAUUAUUGACACAUUCAUUUUACCAUUCUCAUAAUUGAUAACUAUUGUAUUGCUAUAAGUACCAUCAGUAAA